CGAGAUCUUGCCUUGAAGCCAUACAUGUACUUGAACAAAAUGAGAACUGUCGACUCAACAGAUCAAAAUGUCAAAUGGCAGUCACACGCUUUAAAGGAAAGAUUGCGAAAGUUCAACAGUAGUUCUUUACUAGCAAUUGUGGGUUCAGCAAGGUGAAAUCACUGUAACUUUUUGAUUCAUUGAAGUGCUUUUAGACAAGAUCCUAGAAAUAAAAUGCCUCCAGGGACAAAGAAAAGAAAGACAGAGGAAUGUUCUUUUACUAGUUUUGUUGGUGGAAGCCCUCGAUAUAUCACUAGACUUUUUCUGCGGGAGCUAAGGGCAAGUGGAAUUGAAAGCAUAGGACCAUAUUUUGGAAGCUUACCUCCAGAAAUGCUGAACCUCUUAUUUUCUUACCUAGAUGCACCGGCGUUGUCCUCCAUAGGGGCAACUUGUCACAUUAUGAAUUCACAUGCCAAACGUUUAUGGAAACCGUUGUGUACAAGGCUGGCACUUGUUCACAAACCCACUGUUUUGUGUGUGGCAAAUCCAUUGAGUGAGGAAUCAGUAUUUUCAUAUGAUAAGGCAGUUGAACUUUGCACAGGUGAAAAGCGUUGGGAAGUAAUGGCAGCAAGGAACUGGCUAUACUCAAAAUGGCGUUGUGUGGUGUGUUAUCGCAGCUGUUCUCACAGAGUAGAUGCUCAUUUUGAUGUGACACUCUGUGAUAACUGUCACCCUUUGUUUUACAGACGAAAAUGCCAUGCCAAGGAGCAAUUCAGUCUCACAGAGAGAGAUCUUAGGACCAUUGACAAUGACUCUUACGAGUUCUUAGUAUCGGAUCUUAUUACUCUUGCGAGACGGAAAUAUGGAAGCAGGGAAGCACUACAAGACAGACUUAAUCACAAACAACGGCAGAAGAACAUUAGAGAAGCAGAGAAACAGUGUGCUUUAGUCCAGAGAGAGAGGGAGGUGUUACAAGCUCUAGAAAGCUUGAACAGCUCCUAUAGUGAUAUAGAAACUGUUGAUGCGCGUUGUAUGCCAUAUGUUAGUACUCCUGCAAGCUACCAGUAUGCUCCACAACAAUCAGCUGAGGAUGCCGCUAAGUGGCUGAUUGGAUGGAAGAAUAGACAAGAGACAAGACAGAAGCUGUUGAUGGCUGAAAUUGAGGCAAGGUCAACUCGGUGUAAAGGGUGCAGAGCUCGCUAUGAUUAUAGAUCUCUCUCCAGGUUACCAUCAGCGAUCAAGUGCACUCAUGUCCUGGAAGAAAAUGCCACAAAGUUGAUGGAAACUAUUAAGGAACAUUUCAAUCAUGACAUAGUUCAUUACACACGACAUGGACAACUGAACAUGGAGACUGGAGUAUAUGAUAUGGAGCACCGAUCAGCACAAGAGCUGUUCUUGAGAAAUGAAAGGAGAACAAAGCUGAUGGAGGAAUUAGAGGCCAGGAAAACAGAGUGGCCUUCCAUUUUAAAUGGACAAAAAAAUGCCAUGAGCUGCACUUACGCCCAAGAUUUCAUCUACAAAGGUGUGGCUGUAUUGGACAAUGAUGGGAACAAGUGUCGUCUGCGUAAUGCCAAAGAUGUGGCGAGGGUGAUUUUAGCAAAGGCUCUUGGUUGGAAUUCAAGAAACAAAGAAGUAAUGAGUGAAUUGGCUAAGAAAGGAUUUUUUCCACCAUUUGAUAGCCUCAAACUAGAGAGUCAUCUUUUGAUGGAUGACUUUGUUGAGAGCAGUGUUGUGGUUCAUGGCGACAAUAUUAUUGCUUGCUCUUCAACUGAGGUGGCAGAUAGAAUAGCUGUGAUUGAAGGUUUGGAAGAGGAACAGAGGUCGUCUGCUGCACAGAGAUGUGCACGGAUUUAUGCUGAAUGCAACAGGAAACCAGAUAUAACAGCCCUGAGACAAGUGCGGAAAAACAGUCUUGUCAAAAGCCUGAAUGUUAGGUCUUUUUCUGAAUGUGGGCCCAGCUCUGAUCGCCGGUGGUCUCCCGCCCAUGAGUUUGUCAACUGUGGAACAACUACGUCACUCUUUGGAUACAAGUUGACCACACCGGAAGCAGUUUCAUCUUUAAUUAGGCUAAAACAACAAAUCCACUCUCAAACAAAGAUGCUUUAGAAUCAUAAAUCGAAAUUAAUAUGAUAUUAAGAGAAAUUUUUGUAUAAAAUAUUUUGUUUGUGAAAGUUGAAAGUGAGUUGAUUUGCUAGCCUUUGAGUGAUAUCGUAAAGAAGGAUGAGAAAUAACCAAGCAUCAUUGUUUAAACGGGUAGUUUAAGAAUUUUACAAUUUGUAAUGAUUGUCACCGGUAUUAACAAACUCGGCAAUGUGAUAUUUGGAUGUCAAGUUUUUUUGUAUCACAACACAUCAAAAGUUAGGACUUGAGCACUUAAGAAAUGGUGUCUCAGUUUGUCACUGAAUUAUUGUCAUUGAAAAUGUGGUUAUUCUCAGGGUAGUGUUCAAAUGUCUAUAGUGUUCUUGUAAAGAAAAAAAAAUUCCCAUUGAUUGCUUUCUGAUUCCAAGAUUCUAAUUGCGCUAACUAAAUGCAUAAUCAUACUACGAGAAAUGCACAUGGAUCACGUACAGUUCGAUGAGAGUACAUGUCUCUUUUAUUAAUAAUAGUUAUUAUUCAUUAUAAUGUUCAUUCAUUAUCAUAAUGGUCAUCUAAUAUUUUAUGAAGGCUAUUUGCAGCUGUGCAAUUGAAGUGUUGAUAAAAUUUAUCACGCAAGACUUUUCAGCCUCUAUUUUUCUCAGAUCACUCUCAACAAAAAUUUAUAGGAUUUAGUCUGUGCGUGUGACAGCAUGAAUAGAAUGUACAACUGUCCAGGGAUAUUCUUUCAUCCAGCAUUGAGAAAAUGUAAUUUAGUUUACGGGGAAAUACAUGUAACUAUGAUUUUUGCAAGGAAAACUCCUUGCAAAAAUUAAUGUAUCAAAUUAUGGAAAGAACUGAAUGUCUGUGUUGUGAUGCCAUUUUGCAUUUAAUUUGUAAUUAUUUACAAUGGAUUUUUUUAAAGACUUUUGCCAUUUGGUAAAUGAAAAAAAAUCAGCAAUAGUGUGCUAUACCCAAAAUUGUUAAAUUAAGCUUAGUCCUUUAAGUUUCUUCACACUGUUGGCCAUUUCUUAUGAUUUUAGCUCAGUCAAUUUGAUGUUAAAUCAAAGAUCUCUCUUUUUGUCCUCAUUCUACUGGAAAAUAUAUUCAAUUCCAUUGGGAGAAAUUCCCAUUUGGUUACUCCACAGUGUUUGGCUAAAAAUGUAUUAAAUAACAGUCAAUUUUCUUUCUUUUCAGAAAUACCAUUUGGGGCAGACCCCAGCUUAAACAUUGUUCACUAACUUUCUAUGGUUGUCGCUCAAAAUGUCAGCUUUUUAACUCUUUAUGGUGGCCAAUUUACAAUUUGAACUUAGUUGAUAUUACCAAAAUUAAU